CUUCGGGUUCUCGCCGCCUCUUUCCCUCCUACAUCCAUUCCGAGAUUAUCUGCCACUAUAAUUGACCACUCUACCGACCUCCAUCGUUCGCCUUCCCUCUUCGCCUCUCUUCUCCUCCAUUCGUCUCAACGCAACCUGGAGCGCGCCAUCGUGUCCACCAUUCAGCUGCUUCAGCCCCCAACCUCCUCUCAUGAGGGCCACCGUCCACCGUCCACCACGCCUAUAGGGGAGUCAUGCGAUAGGGCGGACUCUAUCUACGCCAGGGGCACCUUGCGACCUCGAUCAACCUCCUCGUGGCUGCGUGGCCGGAAAUCCGCCGAUGGCAACACCACCAUGUUCGAUGCCCAAUCCGAUGGUCGUCCAUCCACUUCGGCUUAUGUGACCUGCUUGAUUCCUUCGUCCAUUCAAGCGACCUCGCCAUGUGAGGCUGCGCCUCAACCUUCAACCCCUGCUGCGAUUGCUACUACGUCCCCAAUGCGGGCUUCUUCUGACCUGAUGACGGAUUCUAUUAUAGGUGAGUCUGGCGACUUGGACCACCCAAGAUCGCAUCGCCUGGCCUCCGCCUAUUGCGCCCCAGAUGGACCUCAGGAUACCCCUCGCCCUACCAGAGCCAUGGAGCAGUCCGAGAUUUCCUUUGAGGACCUGGCCGUCCAGUACCGUCAAAGCCAGCACAAACAGGCCGGUCGAAAACGACUAGAAGCCCGUCUGCAUGCUACCAAGGUCUCCAUGGGUGUUGCCGCACGCUUGAUCCGCGUCGGAGCUGCCGUUCAACGAGCGUUGGUCGACCGGCUUCGUCACGACGACAAGACAAAUUUCAUUACUCUCUACCAUACUCUCGUUGAUCUCCAGGAAUCAUGUGACACGACUUUCCGUCGCCAUUCCCAGCGGCAGGACCCGCUGGAAGAAUGUUCGCCAAUCCGGGAAUCAGUCGUCAACCGUCCUCCGGACUUCGUCCAACAGUUGAGCCCUCAAUCCAGGACUGAUUUGCUUGACAUUAUCCAUUUGGUUCGCACUGAUCCCCAAUUUUUGUUUGAAAGGCUGCGCUCCUUGACUCCUGCCCAACGGGCAGCCCUUGUCUCGUCCACUGGUGCCCCUUGGGAAUCGGGCAGUGAUCUCUCGUCCUCGGCGGCAUCCCGAUCCCGGGCCCAUGGGAUGAAGCGCAGCUCGGCCUCCACUGUUCCAUGCAAGGACCGCACUUUGGCCCUCGAACGCAAAGAUGCCCUGUCAAUCUUGCUUUUUGAUGUUUUUGCGUCCCCUCUGGAUUCCAAUGCCUCGGAAGCGAGACUGCGUUUGGAUACCUGGUCUUCCGUCUGUGCAAAACUCAUGACCCAGGAUGGCAAUAGACAUAGUGCUCUCGUUCCCCACAUCCUGACUGCCUGGGCCACAGGAAGUGACUGGAAAGCGAAGCCGGAGUUCGAACUCUAUCUCAUGGAUAUAUUGCAAACAGGCGCAUUCCUUCUGGAGCACGUAGAAACUCCCCCAGGGAUGAACGUGGAUGCGGAACUCCCUGAUCCCCUGCGAACAGAUGUGGCCGAGGAAUUUUUCGCGUCCGCGGUAGAUGCGCUGUUUCAGCUGUUGGAUGACCCCGAUGGAGGGUUACCCCAAUCCGUGAUGCAACUAAGCUGUGCUAUCUUACAGAAACUAGAGCGUCAAGAUGAUCGGAACCGAUUUCUGGAGUUGCUAUUUGUUCAAUGGUUCUUUGCGAAGUACUUAUACGGCGCACUCACUUUCCCAGAGGCCCAUGGUCUUCUGCUCGAUUUCCACGUCCGUAAUGAUGCCCGCGAGAAACUUCUCGGGCAGGUGGGCCUUCGUGCUUAUUCGCAGGUCUACGCCAUAUUACGUUCAAUGCACCACUAUUCGAUGGUCCGUCCCAGUGUAAGAAGUCGAGUGGAAAGCAUGCUGCGCCGAUUCCGAUCGGGAUUUCCCGCUCAUGCAUCGGACGUGUUACCCUUGUCUUCCAGCCACUCGAGUGGCCAGGAAUCACCUGCCCGGUUCCUAAUGCUUUCUGCUGCCGAUGUUCUCACGCUGUUGAACACCCUUUACCCUAGGAUGUCUACGCCAGUUUGCAAUUCUCCAAUGUCGUCUUCUGGGGUCUCUACGUCGUCAAGUGCUCUGUCCAUCUUUGCGGAACGACUGACAACUACCAUGGCGGAGCCUGGUUUCUUCAAACCUGUCGCUGAACCCUCCUUCAGACAUGCUGCCCAAGGUCAGAGCCUGUUUGGCUCGGCGAUGAACUUUCUUUCGCCCGUCGAGCAGGUCAUUAGUCGCAACGCGGACCGGAUCCGGUUCGAGUUGUCCGACAUGUGUGGACCUGAUGGUCGCUCUAGUCUGGAACCUCCGGCUGCUGAAGAAUGGGCGAUAUUCUCCAUCUCCCAAGACGGCAAACUGACCUGGGGGUUGUUCACCGACAGCUGCCAACUUUCAACCUUAGAGAGCAUGUUUGUGGAGGAUGCUCAAUCGGCCGCUUUGGGAUCGGAACACAAUCUCGAAGCUCUUCAGACGGCUAUUGUCAAAUUAAUCCAGGAAAAUCCCGCAGACGAUGGUAUCAGCUUUGGCUUACGACAGUUCAACGGUCUUUCAGUGGAACACAGUGCAUCCCUCAAGCAACGAUUCGACAAAGCAAUGCAGCACUGCCACCACGAUUCCGACUUCAUAGGUGCCCAUUAUUGGUGGAAUGCCGGCCGUCAGCUUCUUCGCAGUGUCGCAAAUUCCCCUGCCCGGCUGGAAAACGAUACAUGGAUCCUUGAGCCGAUGUACACAUCCUGUGACCGCUCUCUUCAGAUUUCACGGGCAGUAAUCGAACACUGCGAAACUGUUUUUGUGGCUAUUCACCGCCAGACUCGGCGUCUGCAGGGGAUGGUGAAAGCGAUGAUGACCACAGUGGCUAAGCUCCGUGACAAGAUGUGGUACAUGACGGAUGUGAAGAACUCGAUGAGAUAUGAAGAUGCUAAGAACGUCGCACUGGCUCUGAAGACAAUGAUCUAUUCCGCUCGUCUACAUCGGCAGACACCCAAUGAUGGCCGCUCUCGUGGCAACACGAGAGCAUUUGGAAGCUCGUUUCUUCAGAAACCGGAGCUGCAGGUCAUGAGUAUCAUGAAAGCGCCGAGCAGUCAAGGUGGCCCGAACAAGCUCUCCGAUGAGCAGGUGGAUCUUAUUCGCAAAUGGCUAUCCCAUAACAACAUUGACAACUUCUGCAAAGGUGAGGAGCGCAUCCAUCGUUUCUGCUAUGAGGUCCAAGGCAGUAUCAAUCGGCUUGUGGGAGAGAGCAUGGCAGAGACUCCCGUGCUGUGGGCCAGCGAGCUCUACCAUAAGGAGCGAGUGAAGUACGAGGGUUCAGCCAAUCGGAACUUUCUCAGUCUGUCUUCCAGUUUGCGCCCGUUCAAUGUCCCUGGCGAUGAUCCCACACACCCUUUGCAGAGUUACGGCAAUCAGUCUCGUCCAGUCGACUCCGUCUCACGUUACUCAUCAGACGUGUCGUCCUUGAACCAUAAGGCUUCCAAUCAAAGUCUGCUAUCCGAUAAGUGGAAGAGCCCUCGAGAUCCCUCAGUCACGGACUCAUCCUCCAUUGGCGGCUCGCCAGGGAGGGCGGCAUCAACCGCUACGGGCGACUCAUACAGCACCUUCUGGUCAACGCCACACCAAUCAGCGCAGUAUGCGCCUAGCUCCUCUAGCAUCUAUUCACGGCCUCCAUCCAUGUUCAGUGAUAAUUGUGCGCAACCCCCACGCCGGAACGACCGCAAGAUGCAUAACAAAGCAGCUUUCAUGGAGGAUCUCAAACAAACGCUUACAAGCUUGCUUCUCAGCGAUCUGGGUUCUCCGGUGUGGAGUUGUGGGAGUGAGACCGAUGCUUGGUUCGGUAACGCACUGAAUCAGCAACGCAUCCAGGUGCAAAUGAAGAAACGCGCCCGCAUUCAACGAUUCUACACUGAGUGUGAUGAGCGACUUGCCCGCAAUGUGAUGCACCGUGUGCCAUCUGAUCAUACACGAAGUAGAUCUCUUGAGUCCAGUGAUCGUACACCAUUGGGAAACUCCGAGACUUCAGUUUCGGAAUCCACAUCCGACCAAUGCCCUGGUGUGGAAGAGGACCCACCGCUUUUCUCGUACAGCUCCAUCUUCCAUCGUCUAAUCGAGGUUUUCUCUCGACAUGGAAACCCCUUUGUCAAACUCAGGGCACUGCGAGAUUUACGAGCAUUGGUUGUCGCUUCAUUGAACACCACGAACGAGGAGCUGGGUUCCAUGCCUCCCGCCCAAGAGUACAGGUGCCAGCGAGGGCGCAGCUCCGGGGUACAAGGGAAGAGAAGCGCCCGGCAUAGCUUCUCAGAGUCUCAGGCAACACGCGUGCAUGAGAAAGACGCUCUGCAGACGCCAACUUCGGCUGUCGAUGAGUCGGUCAUCUUUGACUGCCGCCCUUCAGAUUACAGCGCCCCCACGGAGCAUCAAAUCGUGGACGCGUUGCGAGGCUUGUUACUUGAGUUCAAACCCAAGACCCUUUUCCGAGAUCUACAAUUCAUCUCAGCCUUCGUUCCAGGCGAGACGCUGAACCAAACCGAUUGUGGAACCGCGUUUCUGCAGUUUGGCUUGGCAGCGCUGAGUCUCAAGGACGAGGUUUGUAACAGCAUGGUUGAAAUCGCUGAUAGCAUCGUAUCUCAGGAGCUCAGUCGGCGCCAUCCUGCAGGAUACGAAACCCACCCACGUCCCGGACACGCCAUUGAAGAUGCUGCCGGCAUGUGGAUAAUCACAGCCAAGGAAGGGAAUCCUGUUGCUCAGCGGGAGCUGGCCAUUCUCUACCUUACGCACCCCGAGCUUCUGCCACGGGUGACGCUCCCACUUACUCUACUGCGGGAUACCUUUAAGGCGGAGAUGAUGUACCGCCGUGACAAGGACUCGAAAUCCGACCCCCAGAGCAUGUGUUUGGCCCUGCACUGGAUGCAGCUGUCGGCCAUUGGCGGGGAUGAGCUUGCGCGAAACCGUCUUCGUGAACGCGAGGAGUUCGAGUCCAUUGCCUAGAUCGCUUUGUUUUCUGCCCCAUUCUUUCUCUUCUUCUGCGCUUGUGCUUUAAACUUAUACUUAGGUUCUUCUAUUCUUCUCUUAUCUCUCUCUCUUUCUCUGUUCUCUUCUUUAUCUUCGAGAUUCCGUCUCGUCUCUUCUUGGCUCACAUUUCAUGACUUUGAUACCAUUGAUGACCUUUUAUUCUUAGCCGAAGACUUCGGUCUACGCACCGCGACUAAUUUCUUUGCACCUAAACGUGCAGCUCUCUUGAUAUCCUCUGCUCGCAGACUGGAAUGGAUGGGCUUAGAUGCCUGCGGCCUGUGUGAAUUUUUAUUUUCUGUUUGGUUGUGUCUUUUUUUUUUGGUGAGCAUGGCAGGGUCAUGAGAUUCCCCUAUACACUUACC